CCGCGAGUCCCCGGCCGGCAGCGGAGCCUCUCUCCGCCGCGGAGGCGGCCUGGCCGUGAGAGGUUGAAAAGGACCGUCCAGCAGGAAAGGCCGUUCCUCCUCCACAAUCGCCCCACCAGCGGGACCACCCCAAACUGCAGCACACGAACAUCCGGCUUCUGUGCUCAGAGGACGAUUUCGGGGCGCAGUGGACUCCGGAGCAACGGCUACAAGUACCCUUCCGCCUCCCAGUCCCGGCCUCUGGCACCCGAGACAGGAGAGCAGCCUGCCGCAGUUUGUUCUCCGGGUGGAAGGCGGGCUACCCAACUUCUAACGAGAUGGGCAGCCCUGAAAAAAGGCACACGCAAUUGACGGAUGGAUGGCAGUGCAAAUGUUAAAAGCAUGUUGAGAGAAAACUAAGGCAGCUCAGUAUGAAUCAGUCUAGAUCUAGAUCGGAUGGUGGUGGUGAAGAGGCUUCAUCUCAAGACCAGGAUCAUCAUGAGAAUGAGAGAAGGUGGCAGCAAGAGCGUCUCCACAGAGAAGAAGCCUAUUACCAGUUUAUUAAUGAACUCAAUGAUGAAGAUUAUCGGCUAAUGAGAGAUCAUAAUCUUUUAGGCACCCCUGGAGAAAUAACAUCAGAAGAGCUGCAGCAGCGGUUAGAUGGAGUUAAGGAACAAUUAGCAUCUCAGCCUGACCUGAGAAAUGCGACAAGCAACAGAGACCCAACAGUCCCGAGAGAAAGUUCAAAUGAAGAUUCCCUGCUUGAAUGGCUGAACACCUUUCGUCGCACAGGAAAUGCAACUCGAAGUGGACAAAAUGGGAACCAAACUUGGAGAGCUGUGAGUCGAACAAACCCAAACAGUGGAGAGUUUCGGUUUAGUCUGGAAAUCCACAUCAAUCAUGAAAAUAGAGGACUUGAAAUUGAUGGAGAAGAUUAUAUGCACAUUCCACUUUCAGAUAUUAACAGAGAUCACACUAGAAGUAGGCAACAAAGAUCAAGUAGUCCUGUGGCUAGUCGAACAAGAAGCCAAACCUCAAUGAAUUUUAAUGGUGGUGGUUCCAACACUCCAAGGACUAGGCUUGGUUCAAGGGGGCGGAAUUCAGUCGAAGGAUCAUCCUCACCAUUGGGAAGGUUGAGAAAUGGAAUUAGGGGCACAGCUGGCAUCCCUAGAACAAAUGCUUCACACCCUAAUUUGAGUAGUCAUACAAAUCAGUCAGGUGGCAGUGAACUCAGGCAAAGGGAGGGGCAACGAUUUGGGGCAGCACAUGUUUGGGAAAAUGGGGCUAGAACUAAUGUUACAGUGAGGAAUACAAACCAAAGAUUAGAGCCAAUUAGAUUACGAUCUACCUUCAGUAGUCGAAGCCGGUCACCAAUUCAGAGACAGAGCGGCACUGUUCAUAAUUCCCAAAGGGAAGGUAGACCUGUACAGCAAACCACUAGAAGGUCUGUUAGGAGAAGAAGAGGUCUAACUCAUGUCUUUGUAGAGCAAGAUAGAGGACGCAGAGGUACCGCAUAUACCCCAUUCUCGAAUUCAAGACUUGUGUCAAGAAUCACAGUAGAAGAAGGUGAAGAAUCCAGCAGAUCCUCAACUGCUGUACGACGGCAUCCAACAAUCACCCUGGACCUUCAAGUGAGAAGGAUUCGUCCUGGGGAAAAUAGAGAUCGGGAUAGUAUUGCAAACAGAACUCGAUCGAGAGUAGGGCUAGCAGAAAAUACAGUCACUAUUGAAAGCAAUAGUGGGGGCUUUCGCCGAACUAUUUCUCGUUUAGAGAGGUCAGGGAUUCGAACCUACGUGAGUACUAUUACAGUUCCUCUUCGGAGGAUUUCUGAGAAUGAACUUGUUGAGCCAUCAUCAGUUGCUCUGAGGUCAAUUUUAAGGCAGAUCAUGACUGGGUUUGGAGAAUUGAGUUCUCUAAUGGAGGCUGAAUCUGAGUCAGAGAUUCAAAGACAUGAUCAGCACUUGCCAGAGAUGCACUCAGAACUGAGUAACUUAGCUACAGCUAACGACAGCAGCCAGCACAGUGAAGGUUCCUCUCAAGACAUGAGGGCCCAAGAUGACAGCAUUGAAAUGCAUGGGGAAAAUGAGAGCACCCAGCCUCAUAGCCAAAACCAUGACAGUAGAGGUGGCAGGCAGUUGCGAAAUUCAAACAAUUUAGUUGAGACUGGGACCCUACCUAUUCUUCGCCUUGCUCAUUUCUUUUUACUAAAUGAAGGUGAUGAUGAUGACCGAAUCCGUGGUUUAACCAAAGAGCAGAUUGACAAUCUUUCCACUAGGAACUAUGAGCAUAACAGUUUUGAUAGUGAGCUAAGUAAAAUCUGUAGUGUUUGCAUCAGUGACUACGUAACUGGAAACAAGCUCAGGCAGUUACCUUGCAUGCAUGAGUUUCACAUUCAUUGUAUUGACCGGUGGCUCUCCGAGAAUUGCACUUGUCCCAUCUGUCGGCAGCCUGUUCUAGGGUCCAGUAUAGUAAACAAUGGGUAAAAUAAUGAGAUCUAGACAGAUAUUGUAUUUUAAUAGGGUUGAGUAUUCAGGAAUUCUUUUGUUUAGUUAUUUGCGAUGAGCUAAAUCCAGGAUGAAAAAUAAUAGAUUAUAGUUUGGACUAUUUUUUGUGUGCUUUUUUAACUUGUUAAAAAGAGAAAAUUUAUAUAAAAUUUAAAAUGCAAAUGUUAAAUUAUCCAAAAGUACAGAAUAGUUACUAUUGCUAGAACCAAAUAACCUUUAAAAUGUUUUUAUUUUGGUAAUUUUGUCAUGCUAAGCACUUUUGUAUUGCACAGUUCAGUAGGUUAAAAGUCAUUCUUCUUUUUCUUAAUACUACAGCAGACUUUACUUGGAUUUUCAAGUUUCAUAGGCAUAGUACUAUGUCUAGACAUCGAUAUCUAAAUAAGCCUUUGAAAGAGUUUUGGCUGAAUGUUUGCUAAAUACAUUUAAGUUACUUGAAAUGAUUUACUAUGUAGCCUACCAUAUGUGUAUAUAUAGUUAUAUAAUUUUAAGGUUAAAAUAUUCAGUCUAAAAACUUAAAGUUUGAUUCUUAUUUAAGCUUUUGGAACAAUACUGCAUAUGGCAUAAUGUUUAAUGUUGAUGAGAUUAUCUCUUGAAGUGGAUUAAGAUGUAAUUUAAAAAUAGAGAUAAUAUACUAAAGCGUCUCUGACAAUCUUAGUAGACAACAAGCAAUAUAUAACACUGAACAAGUAUUUCUUUAUUCAGAAAUGGAAUGUGGAAAAUUUAGAACACAUAGGUUAUUUAACUUGAUUUCAGCCUUUUUUUUUUUUGAAUGUGCAAAUAAUUCUUUGUACUAUUAAGUGAGGUAUAUAAUAUGCAUGGUUUCUCAUACUUAGUUUUAAAACUUAAAAAAUGUCAAUGUAGAAUUACAUGCAUAGAUAAGUUAACUUCACUUGGAGGCCAGGAAACUCCAAAUAAAACAAAAUAUCAUUAAGAGAAUGUAAGGUUUAUAAAACACAAAAUAUGCAUUGAUGACCUCUUUCUACCAAUAAAUAUUAAACCAAA